AUGGGCAAUUGUCUUACCCUCUCCACCGACAAAACCAUCGAGCCCGCCCUCCCCGUCGAGACAACCUUCACCCUCCCCUCCCCGCUGCCCACGUGGCCAUCCACCGCCGGCCGCUUCGCCGCCGGAACCAUCGACCUCGGCGGCGGGCUACAAGUAGCCCAAGUCGCCUCAUUCAACAAACUCUGGUCCAUCUUAGAAGGAGGCCCCGACGACCUCGGCGCGUCGUUCUACGAACCCUCCCAGCUCCCUCCCAACUUCCACGCGCUCGGCGCGUACUCCCAGCCCAACAACUCCCAGUUCCACCCCUGGCUCCUCGCCGCCAAAGACACCACCACCGCCGGAGGUGAUGGUCAACCACGCGCCCUCAACCCGCCGGUGGACUACACGCUCGUCUUGUCCACCGCUGACUUGGACGUCAAGCAACAACCCGCCACCGGCGGCUACAUCUGGCUCCCGGUCCCACCCGAAGGCUACAAGGCCGUCGGCCACGUCAUCACCACGUCCCCCGACAAGCCCUCCCUCGACACAAUCCGCUGCGUCCGGUCCGACCUCACCGACCAAUGCGAGCCCGACGCGUCGGUAUGGGCCGCCGGGCCCAAUGGGCCGAACGUUUUCACCGUCCGGCCUAGUAACAGGGGAACGCAGGCCGCGGGCGUACCGGUCGGGUCGUUCGCCACGGCCGCCCAGGUUUCGACGACGCUGGUCUGCCUGAAGAACACGAGCUAUCCAGCAGGCGACGUUGCAUCGUCUCCGAUGCCGAGUCUCGCCCAGGUGGAUGCGAUCUACCGGGCGUACGCCCCGCAGAUCUACUUCCACCCUAGCGAGAAGUACUUCCCUUCCUCGGUGAACUGGUACUUCUCGAACGGGGUGGAUCUGUACGAGAAGGGGAAGGAGACCGAACCGGUACCGGUCGAGCCGAACGGUUCGAACCUGCCACAAGGCGGGUGGAACGACGGUUCGUACUGGCUCGACCUGCCCCGAGACGAGACCGAGAAGGAGCGAGUUAAAAAGGGCCACCCGGAGAGCGCGGAAGCGUACCUCCACGUGAAGUCGAUGUUCGGGGGCACAUUUACGGAUAUAGCCACGUGGAUCUUCUACCCUUACAACGGGCCGGGGAGGGCAAAUGUGGUAAUUCCCAACAUCCCGCUGGGGAGGAUCGGAGAGCACGUGGGGGACUGGGAGCACGUGACGCUGCGGGUGAGCAACUUCGACGGCCGGCUCCGGAGCGUGUACUUCUCGCAGCACAGCGCCGGCGCGUGGGUCGGGGCACCGGGCGUGGAGUUCGAGGACGGGAAUAAAACGGUGGCGUAUUCGUCGCUGAACGGGCACGCGAUGUAUCCCAGAGUGGGGUUGGUGAUGCAAGGGAACAGGGUUUUCGGGAUUCGGAAUGACGCGGCGAGGGGCGGGAAGGUGAUGGAUACGGCGGCGGUCGGGUUUGGGGUGGUGGCGGCGGAUUAUCUGGCGGGGACGGAGGAGGCGGUGGCGGAGCCGCCGUGGGUGAAUUACAUGAGGGAGUGGGGACCGAGGAUUGAUUACGGGGUGGUGAAGCUGCCGCUGCCGAUAAGUUUGCCGAAGGAGGUGUACGGGGAAGAAGGCCCCACCGGUCCCAAAUCUAAAGGGAGCUGGACCGGAGAUGAACGUUGA